GUUUUUCUCUUUCAUUUGUGCGGCACUGUAGAGAUAAGGGAGUGAGGAGAUAGCGAGGCAGAGAGAGGAAGAGGCGCUCGGGGCAGCGGAGCGAUUCCUUGUUGUUCAUGUCGAUUCCGAGAUCCCCCACCAGUGGAGCUUGAUUUCUCUCUCCUUCCUCUUCGAUUCCCCCCUCCUGCUGUUUGUUGGUCUCUCAAUUUCCCUCUCGAGCGCGUGUUUUUUUGUUCAUUUCUCGGUGCGUAGCUUCUAGGGUUCGUCCUUUGGUGUGUUGGUAGCUUUAGGUGUGGUUAGGUUCCUCAUUUGGGCUGUGCUAGAUGCAAUGCGCAUGUCCUCUAUGGCCUGUGAGUGUCUGUAUGUGCUUUUAAGUCCUGGGUGAUUGAACUGCAGGUUUAGUGUUACUGUAUAUCCCCCUAGUUUCAGUGUUAUGUACCGUAGACUUACUGCAUUUUUUGCCCCAGACUGACUGUAAUCCCUGUAGUUUUGAAUGUCAUAUACUAUGAAUUUGCACUAGUCACUGUGUAAUUCAGCCCAUACUUUCAAUGUAACUCGCUCUAUAUUUACUGUGUAUUUUGCCUCAUUUUCAGUGUAAUUCACAGUAUUAUUUCUGUGUUUGUUGCCCCAUUUUCUGUUCCUGUAGUUUUAGUGCUUCUGUUUUCUUUUGCCCCAUUUUCAGUGUAAUUCACUCUAGUUUUACUGUGGUUUUUGCCCCAGUUUCAGUGUAUCAGUGAAAGCACUAGUAUUUUGCCCCAUUUCGCUCUAGAUUUACUGUUGUAGUUUCAGUGCAAUUCGCUAGGUCAAAUCUCUAGUAUUUUUUGCCCAAUAAUUAUUGUGUCCUGUUUUCCAGUGUAAUUCAAUCUACAGUUACUGUGUAAUGUAUCCCGGUAGUUUGAGCUCUAGAAUUACUGUGUAAUUUGACCUAGAAUUACUGUGUAAUUUAUCCCGUAGUUUGAGCUCUACAAUUACUGUGUAAUUUGACCUAGAAUUACUGUGUAUUUUUUCUCGAAAUUUCAGUGUAAUCUACAAGUACUGUUAAUUCCAGGGUCCUGUUUCCAGUGUAAUCCGCAAGAAUUACGAUUAUUUACACUGUAAUCCCUUGCUACUGUUGUAGUUCCAGUGUAAUUACUGUGUAUUUCAUCCCAUGUUUUCAGUUUAUGCUUUUGGGAUUAAUGUGUCCUUGUAGACAAGAAUUAUUUCAUCCCCAUAUUUUCUACCUGCUGUAGAUUCCCUUGUUCUAGACUGUAAUACUCCCUGUUCUUCACUGUGCAUGUGUAGUAGCACUGCCUUCAUCACAGUGUGGUUCUGAAUUUCUAUGUGUUGUAUCUCUGACUUAGACUGUAUUUUCCCCUAGUUUUCAUUUGCUGCAGUUUCAUGCCCGAUGCAUAUUUGUAAUGUAUUUCUGAAGUUCACUGUAUUAUGUUGGUGUGCUGCAUGUAUUGUUAUCUUGUGCUUCUUCACUGUACAUCCCCAAAGUUACACUGUAAUACCCCUUCACUGUAUUAUUGCUGUUAGAUGAUAGUUGUAGGUGGCUGGUCGUGAUUUCCCCUGGUAGCUGAGGUGUGUCUGAAUGUGUUAAGUAAUCUCACUGAAUUUGAUGCUUCUAUUUCAGUGUUUUUACCCCCCCCCCCCCUAGACUGGUGUUUUCCACUGAUAUUUCCAGUCGAAUUUCAGUUUCCUUUCACUGUAUUAUUAGUGUAUUUUGUAGUCUAAUGUCAGUGUACUUACCUUGUAACUUGCAAUGUUAUAUGAGUGUACUAACUAUGUAAGUACACUGUAAUAUCAGUGUAUUUACAGUCUAAUAUCAGUGUAUUUACUUUGUUACUUGCACUGUAAUAUCAGUGUACUAACUAUGUAAUGGCACUGUAGUAUCGGUGUACUUACACUGUAAAUAACAGUGUAAUUUCAGUAAUUUUACUUCACAAUCCUAGUAAUUUCAACAGUGUAUUUUUAGUCGUGCAAGUGGAUCUCUUUGUAUUUGUAGCUCAAAAUUACUGUGGAUCUUACCCCUCAUAAUUUCAGUGUAACUACUGUCCCUGCUUUUACAGUGUAAUUCUCCCAUAUUUGUUUUGUAAUUACUGUGUAAUUCUCAUGCCCAUGUUUUACGACUGUGUAAUUUACAGUGUUAUACUCCCAUAUUACAGUGCAAUUCUCAUGCCCAUGUUUGUAAUUACUGUGUAACAUGUCCUAGUAGUACUGUGUAAUUUACAGUGUAAUACUUCCAAAUGCUCCAGAAUUACUGUGUAAUUUAUCAUCCAAUUACAGUGUAAUUUGUCGUAACAGUACUGUGUAGUUUUCCCCCUAGUUCCAGUGUAAAUCUUUGAUUUACAGUGUCCUGAGAUAUGCAAGAUUUUUCAGUGUAUUAUGCCAUGGAAUCACUGUGUAAUUUGUCCUAGCAUUUACACAGUAAUUUUAGCCCAACUACUCAUGUAUUUUACAGUGUAUAUGCCCCGAUUUUACAGUGUAUUAUGCACUAGAAUCACUAUCUAGUAUGUCAUGAUUACACAACAAUUCUGGGAGGAAAGUUACCCCUUUUUCAGUGUAGUUUUAAUGUAGUUUUAUUCCGUAAUCAUCUUGCUUAGUUUAUGUUUUUAUAAUAUAUUUUUGCGCCUAUUUUUUGUAGUGUAAUGUUCAUGCUUUAGCUCUGUAAUUUUCAGGUUUAGAUUUAUGGGAAAGCUUCAGAAAGUCUCUCACCAGGAUGUUCCGUUAAUGUCAUCUUUUGAGAGUGCAGAUUCUAUUCGUGAACCAUUCGUGCCUAAUGACUUUGCGGAAGAUGGAUCAUAUCCAAUGUCUACGAAAGGAAAAUCACUGAAGAGGAAGUUAUCAUCUGUUCGUAGAAGAAAUGUGGAAUCUCUCAAUGUCUUCUUCAUCGAGGUAUUCAUUGUCAUCUUGUUCAUGGUCUGCAGGCUAGGGGUUUUCUUCUGUUGCACCUUCUUCGGUUGGUGCAGUUUCAGUUUCCAUUUCGUCCAAUGUCUGCAGAAUAGUACUGAAGCUGAGGGGUGGAGAGGGGUUUCCCUUCCUUUUCCGUGCGUAGCAAGUUGAUGGCAAGCAGGGAAGUUGUGGCCAGCUGUUAGCUGUGGUCUAGGGAGGGUUUGGUGGGGCUGGUUUACUGGAAACCGGGGCAGGGUUAUGCCCGACCCGUUUUUGCCGAAAUACAGAAAUAAAGUGGCUGGUGGGAGGGUUUUUUGGGACAUACAGGUGUCAUCUGUUCAUUUGCUAUGAAAUUUGAAUGUUGUCAAAUUGAAAAA